CUUUCUCCAACGAGCCCAUUCACUGCGCACACGCGCUCCGUGCGGCACGAUGACAGACUCGGGGCCAAAGUUCAAAACAUUCAAACUCUUAAAGCUUAUUCUGAGUGGGGUCCUCGUCACGGUCUCGCUGUUAUUCGCCAUCGCGUCUAUCCGGACGCUGUCGCUGGACGUAAAUGUCGGACUUCAGCUCGCGCGCUGGGAAAAGACGAACAACAUCUCGCUCGUCGUGAGCCAGCAGCAGCGCGAGGAGCUGCUCGACAAUUUUAAAGAGGCGAUCCGGAUCCCCACGGUGUCGUUUUCAAAAGACGAGAGCAACACCACCGCGCUGCGAGAAUUUGACCGGUUCCUCCGAAAAGCUUUCCCGACAGUUUUUUCUUCAGACUUGGUUCGUCAUGAAUUGGUGGCAAACUACAGCCAUCUGUUCUGGGUGCGAGGAUCACAGCCGGACCUGGUGCCGUACCUGCUGCUGGCCCACAUCGACGUAGUACCUGCCUCGGAAUCGGAUGGCUGGGAUGCCCCACCGUUUUCUGCAGAGGAGAUCGAUGGAUUCAUCUAUGGGAGAGGGACCAUAGAUGACAAGGGCUCUCUAGUGGGAAUUCUUCAGGCACUGGAGUACUUACUGAUGAAAGGCUAUGCUCCACGCAGAGGAUUUUAUAUUAGUCUAGGUCACGAUGAAGAAGUCAGUGGUACAAAGGGGGCAAUGAACAUAGUACGUGUUCUGAAGCAGCGUGGCGUGCGGCUUUUGUUUGUCCUGGACGAGGGCCUGGCUGUUCUUGAUGGAGUCAUCAGUGGCCUCGAAGGACCUGCUGCACUAAUUGGGUUAAGUGAAAAAGGUUGGGCGACUGUAAAGCUUAGCGUGUUUAUGGCCCCUGGUCAUUCCUCCAUGCCUCCCAGUGAGACCAGCAUUGGGAUCUUGGCGGCAGCGGUCAAACGACUAGAGGACAACCCUAUGCCAAGAUUAUUUGGUCAUGGGCCUGAAAAGGGAACAUUUGAGCAUUUGGCGCACAAGUUUGGACUCCCAAUGAAGUUCAUAAUGUCAAAUUUGUGGCUAUUUGCCCCACUCUUAGGCAGGGUACUUGAAAGAAAACCAGAAACAAAUGCUUUUGUAAGGACAACUACUGCAGUCACCAUGUUUAAUGCAGGAGUUAAGGUGAACAUCAUGCCAUCCCUCGCUGAAGCUUAUGUAAAUCUGCGAAUCCAUUCAGCACAGUCUCUACAAGAGGUCCUGGACCUGGUGCAGUCCACCGUGGGGGACCAACGAGUGAAGGUAGAGCUUAUCGAUGGAUUUGACCCCUUGCCUGUGAGCUCCAUGGAUGACAAGUCCUUUGGCUUCCAGAUCAUUAAGAAAACUGUGUUGGAAAUGUUUCCAACAGUCACAGUUGCUCCAGGUAUCUGUAUUGGGAACACGGACAGUCGACACUUUAAAGACCUGACGGAUGAUAUUUAUCGCUUCGCCCCUGUCUGGUUUAAACCGGGCGAUGCUCAAAGAUUCCAUGGCAUCAAUGAACGGAUUUCCAAAAAGAACUAUGAAGAGCUGCUAGUAUUUUACUUUAGUCUGAUUCAAAACUGUGACAUUCUGAAGCUCCCUGAGCCUCACAGCACUAUCCAUGAACUCUGAGGAAUAGACAAUAUGGGUAAAAUGCAAUCCAAAAGAGUUCAUGAUAAUGUGAUUAAUGUCAACAGCACUAAACUCUUGACUUACUGAAUUGAUGUAAUUCUGUAUUCUAGAGCCAGACAGUUUUCCAUGGCUUUACAUUUAAUGGUAUUUUUAAUCUUGUUUGAUGACAUGCAUUUACCUUGCUCUGAUGAAUGGUGCUCUCCAUUUGUGAUAGCGAUUUUGUGAUAAUGUGAUUAUUUUUCUA